AUGAGCAAAGAGGAUCAAAUUUAUGGUAAGUAUAUUGUUCUACAAUUUUAAUAUUGUUUUAGGCAUAUGGGCGGACACUAGAGAUGAAGAUGAGGAUGAAAGACCUUCUUUCGGCAAGAACAAACCUCUCAAGUUUACGAAUUUUGUUAGUGGAGGUGUCAGUGUUGGAAGUAAGAUGGAAGAAGUAAGUUGUCUUGUUUGUAUAUGUUGUUAUGUUUAGGAAGAAGACGACAAUGAGGAUAACCCAGCUCCAUCAACUUCAGCACAGAAGAACAGAGAUGAUUACGUCGAGGUAUCCGUCUUUCAGGAUCGUAAAAAAGUUGUAACUGGUUUAGCAAGGAAAAAGUAAGUGUUUUGAAGGUUUAAACAAAAAUUGUUUUAAGGAGUUGAAUAUAAAUUAUUACCUAUUAUAAUAUUUUGUUUUAGUGAAGGGUUUGCUGGGACCAGAAUGAGGACUGAUGCUCCAACAUGGACAGCUUCUUCAGGAAAAGGAAGUGUUAUUAUGAAUAUGAUGAAGGUGAGUGCAUUCUUAUCUUUUUUAAUAUUGCUUUAGAAAAUGGGAUAUGAACAUGGAAAAGGUCUUGGAACCAAUAAACAAGGUAUUGUGGAACCAGUCGUGGCUAAUGUGCGAAAAGGACGUGGAGCUGUUGGUGCUUAUGGAUCUGAACAGAAAGGACCUAAAUUUGGAGGUAAAGUUCUUUAUUUGUUUUGGAGCAAUAAUAUUCUGAUUCCAUAAGUUGGAUACUUAUAUAUGAGUUUUCAGAAUCUGCUGCUGAUGCUCAGAAACGAUCAGAAGAAUCAGUUGAAUUGAUAGAGGAAGAAGUUGUUGAGACAGGUAGUUGGAAGAAGACAAAGAAGGUCCGUGUAAAGUACAGGACGUUGAAUGAGGUGAUAACGGAUGGUGGAGAAGCUCCAUCUGCUCCAUUACCUAAAUUGAAGAUAAUUGAUCUGACUGGCCCUCAAGAGAGGACUUACGAUGAUAUUAGUGACUACCACAAAAGGAAACCUGUGAAACAGUCGAAUAAAAGAGCGUUCUUCAACGUUCCGGCGUUGACAGAGAAUCUAAAUACACUAUUGUCAUCGUGCGAGCAAGAGAUUCUUAAUACUCAUAUUCAUGUUGAGGAUCUCAAGGCCAAGAACAGAGUGAUGGAAGACGAACAGGUCAGUUUGAAGAAAGAUAUUGAUGACACACAAGAUGAGAUUGACAAGAUGGAUCAGAUUAUACAGCUGAUUAAAGAGUAAGUUAAGAUAAAUUUUAUGGAUUCAGUAUCUAUUUAGUAAUUAUUUUGGUAUUCUUUGUUUUAUUAUCAUGUAUUUUAGGUUUGACGCGUUAAGUAAUGGCCUUGACGAUCUUGAACAAUGUAAGAAGUUGUUCUACAGGCUGAAUACAGAAUUUUCUAUGGAGGCGAGGUUGUUUAACCUUGAGGCUAUUAUUCAGUUCAAGAUAUUGCCCAUGGUAUGUUUUUUUGAAAUAGUAUAAUAUUUUUAUUGUAACUUUAAAAUACUUUUAUAUUACUAUUGGUUAUUAUCUUUAACAUAUUUUUUCAGAUAUCACGAUUCUUUUCCCAAUGGGAUCCUCUAGACCCUGAAAUGAAUUUAUACGGCUACGACGAGAUGAUGGACUGGAGGAAGUUGUUGUCGGCCAAAGGUGUGUUAGAGAGCAAGUACAGUAACAAUGGCAUACCGAUGUUCGACUUGUUACUGUGGGAUGGCUGGAUGCCUCAGAUACGAAGGGCUGUCUUAAGGUGGAAUCCUCGGACUAACUCUCCUCAGAUGAACUCUGUGCUCACGAUGUGGAGCCCGAUGUUGCCUAGGUGGGUAUUGGACAACUUGUUCGACCAGAUUAUCGUGCCUAAAAUAGCUGCAGCAGUGACAGAAUGGAACCCAGUGUCAGAUGAGGUGCCUUUAGAUGAAUGGUUGGUACCCUGGAGUGACAUUCUUGGAGACAGACUACGGGAUGUCUACGGUACAGUCAGACAGAAGCUGGGAGUAGCGUUGAGGCAGUGGGUACCUACAGAUUUGUCGUGAGUUUUAUAAUUAAUAUUGUACUAUUGAUCGUGGUAAAAGAAUUAACUUUAUAUUUUUGAAGUAUCACAUUAACGUUUUACUGAUCCAUAUUUUUUUUCAGCGCAUUUGCUGUGAUAAAACCGUGGAGUAAAGUGUUCACAAGAACUCAGAUGAGAGACUUCCUGAACGGUAAUAUUGUCCCUAAACUGGAAACAAGUCUUAUGAAAAUGAAUCUAAGUCCACUUCAGAAUACGGUAAGCUUUUGUUAUACUAAUAAUUCAAAUGAUGGUAUCUACAGUUAACUAACAAUAUAGUAUCUGUAGUUAAAUAACAAUACCUUUUUUUUAGAAAUACGAAGAAUUCAACGUUGUAUUGGCAUGGAGAGGUCUGAUAGCUGAUGACGUUAUAUGUAGAAUCUUGACCAGAACCUUCUUCUCACGAGUAAGUUGCUUAAGGUUGUCUUUUGAGUUAAUUCUACUUGGUUAAGGUUAUAUUGUAUUGUUUUAGUGGUACGACAUGAUAUGUAAUUGGUUACAAUCUCGUGGUAACCCUCAAUUGAUUGUCCAGGAUGUGGCCAACUAUUAUCGAGAGUGGAAGGCAAGGGUACCUCAAGACUUGCAUCAAUGGCCGCCAAUUCAAAGUAGGUUCAUAUACAAACUGAUGCGUGUUUUUACAUCUGGCGUUAUAUUUUAUUGGUACUGGUAGUAUUAAUUUACUGUGUCUUUUUAUCAAAUGUAAUACAUGUAUAUUGUUUUAGCUGAAUUCGCAAGAGCAGUCCAAGCAAUUGGUCAAGUCAAACGAGGCGAACCAUUACAAAGAAUGCCUAGCCAUGAGGAGUUCAUGUCUUCUCACGUCGUAAUGCCCGAACCGGUUCCGGUUAUUACUAUGCCAGAUCCAUUCAUGCCUACAAUCACUCAGAAGACCUUGAGGAAUCACAUCGAACAAGUGGCCAGAACUCGUGACAUACCAUUUGUACCUACCAGUGCCAAAUCCGAACAUGGCCGGCAGAUCUACAACCUCGGCCGAAAGAGCAUAUACCUAGAUGGAACUGCCAUAUUCUGCUUGAACACCGCUUCUCGAGAAUGGGAACCGGUUUCUGUGGCGCAGUUGGCUCACAUGGAGUUUUGA